AUGUCAACGGAAUCUACACCAAUACUGGGCUAUUGGGACACUAGGGGUCGGGCGCAACCCAUACGCUACCUAUUAGUCUACGCGGGCGUAGAGUUUACGGACAAAAUCUACACAAAAGCCGAAAAAAGCAUCUGGGAGUCUGAGAAAAACACUCUCGGUCUGGAUUUUCCAAACUUACCCUAUUAUAUUGACGGCGACCUAAAACUGACCCAAAGUAUGGCUAUAUUACGAUAUGUGGGACAAAAGUACGGACUCGUGGCCACCGAUGACAGCCAACGGGCCAUACAAUACAUGUGCGAACAGCAAAUACUAGAUUUUUUAAACGACCUAGUUCAAAUUCCUCAAGCGGUAGACUACCAGGAGAAAAAACAGGAAUACGUGACCAAUCGAGUGGUGCCGCAGUUGGAUCUGUUGGCCAAGUUCUUUGCGGACAAACAGUGGCUAACCGGCGGACAGUUGUCUUACGUUGACUUUUUUGCCUACGAUAUUCUGUUUAUGUUGAGAGCAAACAUAGCCGAGACUAUCGGCAAAUACCCGACGUUUGGCCAGUAUUUGGCCAGAUUUGAAGCCCUGCCGGCCAUUAAGGCCUACCAGAUACUGGCCUAUUGGGACAUCAGAGCCCGGGCACAGCCCAUACGUCUACUAUUAGCCUACAUUGGAGUGGACUUUGAAGACCGGCGCUACAAGUUUAUAGACAGGGAUGACUAUCUGGCCGACAAGUUCUCACUGGGACUGGACUUUCCUAACCUUCCCUACUAUAUCGACGGCGACCUAAAACUGACCCAAAGUUUGGCAAUUAUACGCUAUUUGGCGGCUAAACACGGACUGAUGGCCGGCACCGACGACCCGCCCCGGCUGGCCAUGCAGUCGAUGGUCGAGCAAUACCUGGACGAUAUAAAACAAGGCUUUGUGCCCAUACUGUUGUCCGACGACUACGCGGCCAAACGCUCUGAGUAUAGCGCCGGUCCGUUGACCACACAAUUGGAUCAAUUGGUUAAGUUUAUGGGUGACGAGCCGUGGCUGACCGGUGACCAGUUGUCGUACGUGGACUUUAUGGGCUACGAGCUGUUGGAUUGGAUCAGACUAUUUACGCCUGAGACUAACUUUUUCGUGAUUUUGCGUGCUCCUGAUCUAGAGGGCAUUUGA